GUAGGAUGUGUAAUGAAUGGUUCAGGAAGAGAAGGCUCUGAGGGCUAGCGAUAAAGUGAUUUGGGAUGGGUAGAAAUUUAUUUUUUACCGAAAUAUGGAUUCAUUUUAAUAACCACGGUGCCCUUUAACUGUUUUCGAUCGAAGAAAUGGCUAUGGAGCUUAGGCUUCAUAGCCCAUGCGGCGGAGAACCUGCAAUUUAUCAGUGGCCAUUAACAGCUUCGGAUAAAUAUGACAAAGCAACUGAAAUAGUCGACACGAUUAGGUGGGUCUGUGAAGACUUUCCUGAACUUAAAUUGGCCAUGGAAAACUAUGUAUUACAUGAUUAUGAUACAAAAAGCUAUGAAAGUAUGAAAAAACUUUGCGAUAAAUAUAAUAGAGCCAUUGACAGCAUUUUGCAGUUGUGGAAAGGAACUUCCAGACCUGCUCAGCUCCAAACUAGACCUAGUAAUGGCUUGUUACGCCAUAUAUUGCAACAAGUAUACAAUCAAGCAGUUACUGAUCCUGAAAAGUUAAAUCAAUAUGAACCUUUUUCACCUGAGGUGUAUGGCGAAACAUCUUUUGAGUUUAUUACUCAGAUGAUUGGAGAACUCGACAUAACUGAAGAUGACAUUUUUAUUGAUUUAGGAAGUGGUGUUGGUCAAGUGGUACUCCAAAUGGCAGCUACUACUAACUGCAAGAAAUGUAUUGGAAUUGAGAAGGCUGAUGUACCUGCAAAGUAUGCAGAGGAAAUGAGUAAGAAUUUUCAGUUUUGGAUGAAGUGGUAUGGGAAAAAGUAUGGAGAGUAUGUCUUACUGAAGGGUGACUUUCUUUCUGAAGAACACAGAGAAACGCUGUUGAACUCUACUCUGUUGUUUGUCAACAAUUUUGCAUUUGGUCCUACUGUUGAUCAUAUGCUUAAAAUGAGGUUUGCUGAUAUAAAGGAUGAAGCACGGGUGGUUUCCUCUAAAGCAUUUUGUCCUUUGAAUUUCCGCAUCACUGAUAGAAACCUCAGUGAUAUUGGGACAAUUAUGAACGUUCGAGAAAUUAUGCCACUGAAAGGAUCUGUAUCUUGGACAGGGAAACCGGUUUCGUACUUCUUGCACACCAUUGACCGAACAAAGCUGGAGCAUUAUUUCCAAAGAAUGAAAAAUCCAAAAAUAAAGGAUAAAUUUCAGGAUGAUGAAACAUCUCUUACUCGAGGCAAACGUUUGAAAAAUGGCAUAUCUAAUCCAUGUAUAUUGGAUUCCUCAUCAAAUGAUUCCAAAGAAGAAAGUUCUCUUUCUGGACCAACCACUAGAAGAGCCUGGUCUGAUUGGUGCAGUAAUAAAAUUAUCAAGACUACUUCUUUGAAUAACAGUGGUCAAGAUAGUAAUGAAGAAAAUGAACCUGCAAAACGAAAUUGCUUAAGUAAUGAUGGAAUGUUGAAAACACAGCGAAAGCUUCGAAGAUCUGAAAGAAAACGGGGCCCUGGAAGACCAAAGAAGAACGCUUCCAAAAAUAAGCGUAAUAAACCACUUAAAUUUAGUGGCUUGGACUUGCUUCAUGCUAAAACUAUUCUUAGCACUUCUAAUUCAGGUCAUUCUGAUCCUGCUCCAGGUUGCAUUGAUCAAAAAUUGAAUAAUACUACACCAAUUGUUCAAACUCCAGAGGAAGAAAAUUCUGUUGCAGUUGAGAGAUUUUUGUUUGCACAAAAAAGGCUAAUGAUGGAUUUCAUAUCUUUUAUGAAAUCAGGAGGUUACAGGAGUCAGUUACAAAGGGAAAUUGCUAAAGAAAAGGAGCGAAGUAAGAAAUUGAAGAACUAUUUUCUUCACCUACAGAAAGUUAUCAAUGGCCUGAGGGAGGAAGGAGUUUCAUUACUUAAAGAUCGAGUUUCAGUUUUAGGUUAUUCAAUCAAUCAUUCUAGUGAUCUCUUAUUUAAGGUUAAAGAAAGCAUAAGACAUUAUAUGAAAUAUAAAUCUGAAGUUAGCAAGUUGACAACAGAAAUAUCAGAGUUAGAACGGGAAUAUAAAAAACUCAAAGGACCAAGUCUACAAAAACUAAGUGAAUCAGAGUUCAAGAAUCAUAUCCAUAAAGAAAUCGUUGCUUACAGAAAAACUCAUCCAGUGUCUCAGAAAAAGCCUGUAUUGGCUGGGGACAAGAAUUCUCUGAAAAUGACAUAUAGAGAUAUGUCUCCAUGUCCUGUUAAAGAUUCUAAAUCCAUUCAGUUAGAUCUUUUAGCACCAAAGAUUCAGCGAAUUCAAGACAGUAUGACAAUACCAAACUUUCAGGAUAGAAUAAAAACAAUAAUUGCUUCAGCCCUAAAAGAAACAUCAACUGCAGAAGCUGAUAUUACAUCUGAUAAAUCUGAAAAGAAAUAUCCUUCCAAGGAUAUGAUAUCUCCACUUGGAACUUCUAGGCACAAAGGAGUUUCAGAAGUAUUUACUUCUUCUACUACUACUACUACUACUGAUGCCAAGAGUUCUGAAAGGCAGGUAGAUGCAACAUUGGCAAAGCAUGCUUUAGAUAAUCCUAAGAAAACUGAAAGAACAAAUUGCUUAUCUGUUUCUAAUGGUGAUUCAAAAAGAAGUAAGAAUACUUUCAAGCACGUUGAACUUUCAAAUCCUGAAGUAUCAAGCAGUUUCAGAAAUGUUGCAUAUUCUCCUAUUAGUCCUACUAGAACAUCACCUGCAAAUAGUUCUAUGUUUCCAGCCCAUGAAAUACCAAUCAAAACAGUACUUGAUAGAUAUUCUGUUUCUCAUGGAUCAGGGAUCAAUAAAAAUUUACGCCCUCAAGAAUAUAAUAUUAAAUCUAAACUGUCUGGUCCUACUGUGAAUGUUUCCGAAUGUUCGAGUUUUACCAGUCAGGCUCCUAAAAAUGACUCAUCUGAUAAUCAUCUUAAGGAGAAGUCCAAAUCUCUUAAGUUGGCUUUUCCUCAUUUAUUAGAUUCCAAAUCAAAAAAAACCAUUGAAGAACUUAAAGCCAAAAACGGAUUUUCAGUAAAUUCUCGACCGCAUUCAUAUUCUCACUCUCAUCGUGAUGAACAGUAUGAAAGGAAACUUAAGUUGAAACAACAGGUGCAUUCUGAUGCCAAAGAAAGAAGAAUUAAGGAGCGACUUGGAUCCAUUAAACUAUCUCAUGAUGAAAAACUGAAUACCAAGGAAGCUAGCACUUAUUCAAAACCAGAGAAGAGUUUGAAUCACAAAAUGGAGUCUAAACACCGUUCAAAGCAUUCACUUCCCUCUUCAGGAAAAAGCAAUAGUGUGACCAAAGAUCGAAGUAGUGUGAGUAGUCAGUCUCAUAAUCAGAAGUGGCAAGCUAAAGUAAGCAGUGGCUUUGAUAAAUUACUUGCUCUGGCUGCAACACAGUUGAAUCAUGCCAAUAGAGAAUAUAAAUGUAAUCAAGGAAAAACAAUGAAGGAGGAUAUUUCAAAAUCUAACCAAUUCUCACCAUAUUCGAAACCAAAUGGGUUUGUCGUAGGUGAUCAAACGAAGACAAGCAAAGAUACAAAUGCAUCCCAAAAAAAUUCAUAUUCUGAUCUCUCAAGACUUUCUCAGGCUGAAACCUUUAAACCUACUGGCAUGAAAACUCCUAAUAUUAAUAGGUCUAGGAAAGGUCCCAGAACACCUCCAGAUACACCACCGCGCACACCAUCUGUUUCACCAGAUAGAAGAGUCUUAGAAUCGCCAUAUUUUCAGUCUCAUAGUCCCAUUAGUAGUGUGGAGAGUGUAAGUAGUAAUCGUAGCUCAUUGAGUCCACCUUAUAUUAGUCCAGCGAGAGGAAGCAGUAAAGAUCGAUCAAGAUCAACAAGUCCUUAUAGUAGUAGGCCAUCUAGUUCUGAAAGGCACACUGAAAAGCAUUCAUCAAGAAAUUCAAAAAAUAGUUCACAUGAAGAUGAUGGUCAUGAGAAAAAAUGUGGUUCAAAACGACGAUGGCAGUUAAAAAACAAAUCUGACAUUAAUCAGCAUACUUGGGCAAAAGAACAGGAAUCUUCUCGUUCCAAAGUUGUUCAGGCUCAUGAUAAAACCAAUAAAAAUGAAUCUACAAAUUCUGAAAAGUCUUCAGCUCUCUCAACUACAAAAACAAGAGAUGUUAUGAGACAAUUAGAUUUUAUGAGUCAGCAGACAAAAGAUGUUCUUGCACAUGCACCUAAUGGAUAUUCAGUUGUCAUGACUCCUUCACCACUUCAUGCUAUUUAUGUACCAACUGCUGGAGUUUGCAGUCAACCGCCUAUUCCACCUCAAGCUCAAAAUUUAGCAUCUAAAUCCUCUAAUUAUUCAGUGGCAAAUGCUUGUGGACCAGCAUUGUCUACAAACCCUAUUCUAAAUUUCACUAUACCACCACCAAAUUUUAGUAUGCCUCCUCCACAUCCAACAUCUAGCUCUGUGAAUAUGCCACAGAUAUUAUCCUCUCAGCAACAGGUUCAACAAAUUCAAUUGCCUGAUGUUACAGUUCCACCACCAAAUAUGAUAUCAGUCACAUCGUUUUUGUCAUCAUCUAAUUUACCUUCUUGUCCCCCACAGCUAGAACCUGCUGUGCCAAAUAAUCAUGUUUAUAGACAGAAUGGUCAGUCUCAUCCACCUCCACUUCCCCCCACUGUGGCAGCAGCUUCUUCAUUCAAUAACAUUGUUCAAAGUCAAAUUUACAGAGCUAAUCAGAAACCAUUAAGCAAUGGCACUGCCUCUCAUCAGCUCGAUUAUAGAGUUCCCCAGCAUUGUACACUGCCUGGAACUGGAAGUAGCAGUUAUUACCCAGCCCAAGCUCACUUUAUGGCAUAAAUGAAGCUUCUCUACCUCAUUUGCAAAGACUGGACAAAAAAAAAAAAAAAGAAAAGAAAGAAUGAAAAAGAAAAUUGGGUACUCUAUGGUCGUUGAGCGAUUUAAGAGUCCGAGCCAUUAGUGACCAACACUGCCAUAAAAGCUUUGCAAUCGUCAACCUCUCAAGUACAAAUUCUUUUAUGCUGGAAGGUGGGAGCUUUUAUUUCCUUUUUCAGAAUACGUACUGCAGUUUUAACAGUACAGUCAAUCAAAUUUUAUAUUUUCUUUGUAAUUUAAUUACCACAGGUUCAUUACAAUGAUAAGUUAAAUAUAUUUAUGGUCAUUCUACAUUUACACUUCAUUUUCUGGUUCCUAUACUUAAAGAAAAUUUAACCUGGUAGCCACAAAAACCGUAUUACAAUAUAAGUAAAUAAAGUAAUUAUAAUUUGAAACACAUAUUUAGCACGGGAAUUUAAGCAACCAGUACAAUGAAAGUAACAUAGCUUUAGAAGGAACAUUUCCUUUGCUGUUCUGGUCGCUUAAUAAAUUUCAAAAUAAUUAGGCAUUUUAUUUGUAAAUGCAGAUAACAGUUUGAAUGGUAAAAUAUUUUACUAAAUCUUGAUCUGUAAUUGAAGCUACAAUGAUUCAUUAAAUGUAUUGAAUAAAUCAUAGUAGUAUUUUGUACAGUUUGAAAAAUUUUAACCAUUAUUAUUCCUUUUGUCUUGAGAAAAUGAAUUAGAGCAAAGCAGUUGUCUUAUCAAUUCCAGAUUACCAACAAAAAUUUUUAACUAUACAAUCUAUUCAAAGAAUUAUUCCUAUCUAAUAUUCUAAAUUAUCUCAUGAUAUACUAGUUCACUGAUAUCUCUUAUUCUGUGUCUAAUUAUUUUGUAUAUUAAACACUUGUUUCAUGUGUACAGAAAUGAAAUUUUAGUGUGUAUUUUAUGUAACUAUAUACUAUCUUAAUAUUUUCAGAACUUAAAUUAUUAGUUAAUUAUUAAUUUAAUUAAAUUUUGAUUCCUUACUAAUUAUACUAAGAGAUUAUUAAGCUUAGAAAAAAAUUUCCAGUUUUAAAACUAGAAAAUAAUCAAAAUAAAACCCUAUUUAGGAUAUUAAUAUGCGUAUUUUUCAGAUCUCCUGCUAAUUAAAAUCAUUUAUUUGCCUGGAAUUUUUCAAUAUUAAUACAUAUGUUUUAAAUAAUAAUUUUUUAUAAAUAUUUUUCGGUUUUGCUUACCAAAUUUACAAUUUAAAACAAAAGAAUAAUUUUGGAAGUCUUUAGAGGUAAUUUUCAUUUGAUUGAAGAUUAUAGUCCUACAUUAGUUUUGAUUCCAUUAUUGGUAUUUCAAAAAGUAUACAUAUUCAUAAGUUUUUACAUUGGUAUUUGAUUUUCCACAAAACUACCAGGUUAACUUUUAUUCAAGUAUAGUUAUAAGUGACUUCAUGAUUACAUUUCAUUGGCGAUUAAGUAAAUCCUUGAUAUCCACAUUCUUCGUAUGAAUUUAUUAGAAUAUUGCUUAUGAUAUCAUAUUUGAAACUUUACAGUAUAAUUUUUGUUUAUUGAAGUAUUUGUGAAUUUUAAUGUAAAUUUUAAGUAAUAUUAGUAAUUGUCAUGUGGAUCAAACUUUUAUUUUGGGAAUACAAAAUGAAUUAUAAAAAUACUUCAGUUCAAUGAAAGGCACACAUUUUCUUUUUCUUUAGAACUUUGAGAUAUUGCUGUUCACUUACAUAAAUCUUCAUUCUGGAAAUAAUAUCUGUAGUUUGAGCAUGGAAAGUAAUUCAUGUUCACAUAAAGAAAAUUCUUGCUUAUCUAUUAAUAUUGUAGUUAGUCAUUUGUUUGUUUUUGCUAAGAAAUAAUUUCUUUUUUCUAAUUUCUUCAUAAGCUAUUUAAAUCUAAAAUUUCGUAUUUGCUUUCAUGAUAGGGUACUCUUCCUUUUUCUUUUUAACUAAAUAUUUGCGAUAACAUUCCAUUAAUUAGCCUUUGAAAGAAGGUAGCGAGUUCAGUUCCUUGUAUGUUUUGAUUUACCUAAAUUUGUUACUCCUUUUGUUUUAAAAUAAUGCUGACUACUGAAAUUUUUGAGAAAUAGAAAUGCUGCUAGGCAAGGUUGUAAACAUGUUAGACAUUGCAAUGGGAUUAGCAGAUACCUUAUAGUUCGAGGGGUGAAGAAAGGAAAGUGAGUAGUGUCGUUAAUAUAGAUAAUUGGGUGCUUGCCUGAGGACAAUUGAGAUCUAGUCUCUUAGUUACUAAGUGCAUGAAUCGGAAAUUUUUGUCAUGUGUUGACAAUAGUGAUAGUAAUCGAAAUCAUAUCUCUGAAGAUAAAGGUAUUCUCUUACUUUUUCUGUGUGGGCAUAUUUGAUUGGCUGCCAUUAGAGUGCCUUAAAAAAUUCACCAAAUGGGAAAUACAUUUUCCAAUUUAUGAUUAAUCUUAAAAAGAUUUUUAAAUAUUAAAAAAACACUGCCAAGUUAAAAUGCAAUUUUUCAGAAUUGAUAAUGAUAAUUUAUUUAAAACCCUUAGUAGCACAAACAAAAUUGCUCAGGGAGCCUUUGCACAUUAUGUCACAUUGGCUUUAUUCAAUAUCUCUCCACUGUUCCUCUUAAGAUUCAAAUGAAUGGAAUAAAUUUAUUCUAACCACAAGAAGGGGUAAAGGAUGUAGAUGCCAUUUAUUGUAUCUACAUCAUUAUACAUCAUAACAAUCCAUUUUAUUGCUUAUAAUUUUCAUGUUUGGAAUUUUUUAUUUUGAUUAAUUCCCAUUUUUCAGAAUAUAAUUUUUUUUCUUCUGAUUAAUAGGAAUUUUUGAUGAAUAAAAAUAUAAUAUUUUAAGAAUUUUAUAUCUUUAUCUGCUGUCAGCUAGCUCUCCCUCCCCUGUACAUUCAUUCCAAAUUGAAAAGUGAGAAAUUUAUUUUUAUUACAAUACUUCCCAUAUGAUUGUUUGAUAAGAAGAAAAAAUAAUAGUAAUUCUACAGAUGAUCAAGUGAAAUGUCAUAAGUUAAUUUUUAAUUAUAUAAAAAGAGAAGAAUGAGCAUUGUUUCUUCUUCGCAAAAUCUUCAUAGUAAGAGUAAUUGAGAUUUCCAUUAAUCAUAAAACUAAAUCUUGGUUUUAAAAAAUGUCUUAAAAGAGGCGCUUCCUUUUGUAAAAAGUCAAAUGUCAUAGUUUUAUUCUAACUAAAAAAUACUGUCCAUUUAAACUGUUGUUCAGUGUAUGUGUAAAAUUUGAAAAACAAAACUAUUUCUUUUCACACAUUUCUAUUAGAUUCUGGUAUUUGAAAAAUGUGAAUUUGCUCAUUAAAAUGCUCAAAUUUGUUCUAUCAUUUCGGCAAGAGCGAUGUUACGUUUGAAUUGUUACCAAAUGAAAAGAAUCUAGAAAUAAGUUAGUUACAGUGGGAAACUAAAUCUACCAUUUUAAAGAGGUAAAAGAAUGAUUUGUUAUAAUUUGCAAAAACAGGAUUUAGGUAUAUAAUGAAAGCAGUUAUGUGAAAAUGAUUUAUUUUCUCUAAUGUUAAUUAAAAUAUAUUUUACAUCAGUUUCUUUCAGAUGAAAAUGUGACAUUUAUUUGAAUAAAUGUAUAUUUUGCAGUUGUAGAUAAAAUUUCUCUCGAGUGUUCAGUUUUUUAGAAUUUAUAAUUUUUAAAAGAAUUAUCUGUUGUAACUAGUAUUGUUAUUAAUUAUAUCUUAAAUUGUAGUCUUUAGGCUUAUUAAAUACUUUGUUCUUGUACCCAGAUCAUAUUGGAAGAAACAUUGGAUUUCAUACAUUUUUUAAAAUUAAAUACUCCAAAUGUAGGUUUUUUUAUGUGCGAUUCCUUAACUUAACACAUUAAUAAAAAGAGGGAUUAGAAAGAAAAUUGUUGCUUAAACAGUCCUUAAAAUUGGUAUUUAUUUAAUUGUUUAACAUCAAAAGAUAAUGGUCUAUAUCCCACAAUAACACAAUUUGGCUCUGUGUGAGUAUGACAUUUCAAUUCAUAAAUAACUUUAGAAGUUUCCAAGCUAACAAUGCUUGCCAUUGAAAAUAAAUAAUGCAAGAAUUAUACAUAAUAAUUAUAAACUUGUUUAAAUUAAAGCUAGGAAAUAGUAUUACUAUUUAAAUUAUAAUAAUUAUAUGUUUCUUUCUUGAGUUAAAAACUAAAUAUUUUAUUUAUUUGCUAGUGGUUUCACUGCAUAUUUGUGCCUCAAAAUCCAAAAAGCCGCCUAAGUUUUGUUUUGAAAGCAUAGUUAAUGAAUCUUCUUCGUGGUAAUGCAAAAUAUUUGUAUAUAACUGUUAAAAGGGUUUCUUUGUAAACUAAAUUAAUUUAAUUUGCACCAUUUCUCUUUCUUACAUAUUUAUUUUACUGGCAUAACUUUCUAAUAAAUUAAAGGAGGGUAGACAUUUCUUUUAUACCAUUAGAGAAGGGGGGAGGGAGUUGAUGUGUCUAUUCUUCAAAAAAGUAAUUCAUUUUUUAAACUCCUCUCUCCUUUAUCUUUCCUUAAUGUUCAUAUCAUUUUCUACAUUGAAGGGAAAAGUCAAUUUUAAAUUACUAAAUUAUUGAUACCUUGGAUUUACUUAACAAAGUAUAGUGAAAAUUAAAUAUCUUUUGAAUACUUAAGGCAUUAGCCAUAAUAUUUAAUAUAUCAAUUUUUAUUAAAUACUUGAUAUUAUAAUUUCAAAAUAAAGAAUUUAAAAUUUAAUUGGUACCUUGUUGAAAUAAUAAUAAUAAUAAUACAGUGUUUAAUUCAGCAAUAUGUGUAAAUGCUUUUCAAUUAUUGCAGUACUACACUAGUAAACUUCAUUGCAAUUACAAUUGAAGGUUUUAACUUUGUGUAGUACAGUUAUUUUUCUUGAAAUAAAAAAAAUAAAAAAUGCCGAAAAAAGUUUUAAUUUUCAUGUACUGAUCUGUUUGUAUUUCUUGUAACUAUCAUCUACAGUUUUGAAUUCGUUGACUUUUUUCGUUUUGCUUCAAAAAGUGUUUAUUUUGGGGUCUGGUUUUCUUAACCUCUGCCUUUUAUCUUUCAGCACUUUAUUCAUUUAAAUUUUAUUCAUUUUAUUGUUAUAUUUUGUAUGUAUAUGUGAUUAUGUUAAUUUAUUGCCUGUUAGUAGCGUAUUAUGCUAGUUUAUUUGUUGUAAUUGUAGAGUUAUAGUUGCUUUGUUGUGGUAUGGUUGAGGUUAAUAAAAUGGGAUGCAUAUUUGCUUGAGCAGAUUUUUAUUUGAUGCACUUCUAUUAAAAUAAAUCUGCUUGAAACACAUUUCCCUAUGUGAUAAUAGUUAUUCUUAAAUAUUUUCAAAAACUAAGUCAUUUAAAAAAUAUUAUGUAAAUAUCUGCAACAAUUCUCUGUAUUUUCUUUUAUACUGUUUCAUUUUAUCAUCAGGUAGAUUUGAAGCAUAAAACAAUUCCUACAUUGUCAAAUUUUUAUAAGCUCAAAUCUUCUAUGUAUCAGCUUUAUCUCUUAUUGUGUUUUGCUUUUUUGCACAUUAUUUUAUUAAUUUAUUGUAUUACUAAAUUGAUGUUGGUUUUGUAGAAAUUUUAAUUUGUAUAUUUAUUGUAUUUAUUUUAAAUUAUUCUCCAUUGUGUUUAUUUAUUCAAUUGUAUUUCUGUCUUCCAUUAUGUAUAAUCUUCCAACUUUUUUCAUUGCUGCUAUAAAAGUUUGUUUUUUUAAAAAAGAGUGCAGAAAGAAUACAUUUCGCCAUUUGACAUGAAUAAAUCGAAUUGGAUAUGCUAAGAAUUCCCUUAUGUUGUAGGUAUUAUCAGGAUCAUUUCUUUAACUGAAUAUUUUCUUCCUUUUGAAAAUUUCUCAUUAUUAGUAUUAAAAAAAUUAAUAAAAUUCAGAAAUAAAUAAAAUUCAAAUGAAACAUCUGUUUCAUAGUAAAGUUGUUAAAGAAAAAUGAUUUGAGACGUAUUACUUUUAAAUUUAAAAUUGUUGUCAAGAAGCUGUUAUUUUCUUUGAUCAUCAUUUGUCCGCCUUCCCCUCCUCUUGAACAUGUAUUUUUGCUAUUACUUGAGUAGAAACCCGAGUGAUACUGCCACAAGUAUGCUUGUAUGUAUGUAUGUACGUGUAAAUUAAAAUGGCAAAAAGAUCUCGUUUUGUAUAAUACCAUUUAAGUAUUUAUGUAUUGUAUACCUAUUAUUAACUGUUUCUGGAAAUGAUACUCUAUCAUAGAUAUCUGUUGAAGGUUGCAAACCCUGUUAAUGUUUAAAGCUUUUAUUCACACGUAUAAGUUAUUGUGUCCUGGUAAAUGAAUUUAAAUAAAAUUGUUUUUGCUAUUAUUAUAUGAAGCAGGUCUUCUAUUGACUUUUAAUUCAGGUUAUACAAGUAUAAAACACUGAUUCUGUAUUUUAGGUUUUAUUUUGAUGAUGAUUUUAUUUCCAAGGCUCAAAUUUUUCCUUCAUUUGUACUAGUUCCGAAUAGCAAAAUAUUUUCAGCUUAUUCUAUUUAUUUAUUUAUUUGUAAAUAAUCAAAUGUUCAUCGCAUUAAAUUAUAAUAAAUAAAAAUAAAUUUUUGAAAAAUUUUGUGACUGUCAUAGAUUUGUCAAACAUUUUAAGCCAUUGAAUUAUAUUUGUUUUACUUAGUCAUUUUUUUAUUUAUAUAUAUUUUUGCUUGAUACUCAUUUUGCAUACUUAACUGCCUGAAAAAGUUACAGUUGCCGAAUUGAUUAAACUGUAAUAAAAAUUGAAUGAAUUGCAAUAAUUGAAUAAAUUGCAAUAAUUGAAUAAACUGCAAUAAGAAUUGAAUGAAUUGCAAUAAUUGAAUAAACUGCAAUAAGAAUUGAAUGAAUUGCAAUAAUUGAAUAAACUGCAAUAAGAAUUGAAUGAAUUGCAAUAAUUGAAUAAAUUGCAAUAAUUGAAUAAACUGCAAUAAGUGUAUCAUAAUUAAGCAAAUAAAUUCAGUGUUAUCCGUUUGCAGUUAAAUCUGCAAAACUUUUCAUCAGGUUCAUCAAUUUAAUUCCACAAUUCAUUUAAAAUGCAGCAAAGUAAUGCCUUUUUAUUGAAUUGCAUAGUGAUAAAGCAUCUGUGUCUUUUUGAUGGAUGAUGUUCUUGUUUAUUCUGUAACUUUUUUUCAUAAGGAUAAUCAAAUAUUUAUUUUAUGGAAAAACAAUUAACACGAGAGACGAACAUUGUUUCUGUUAUUGUAAUAAAUGAAAGCCACAUAAAUAAAUAAAAUAAAGGUGCUAGAUUCUUACCAAUAAAAUAGUUUUUUUAUUUUUAUUUUUUUAAACAUAAUUUAAAAAUGAUUUCUUCAAUAUGUAUGAUUUUCUUUAGUUUAUGUUUAUUUAAAAUAUCUUACUUUCAAUGAAAUCAAACAGUUGAUAUAAUCUUCUUUAUAGUAUCUUCAAUCUGUAAGAAAUUUAAUAUAGUUCUUGAAUCACAAUUAUAAAAAAGUGAUAAUUUUUUUUUCUUUUUUAAUUACUAAAGUAGCAUAACUUUUUUAAUAAUUUAAAGAUUGUAUUGCAUACCCUCCAACAACUACAGAGUUUCCGGUGUUGCUACGGAAAUUAGAUGAAAAUAUAUAAUGAAAUACUGCAAGAUAAAUAAUGAAAUAUCACAAGAAAUGUAAUGAAAUACAGCGAGAAAUAGACAUAUAUAUGGAAAACUACAAAAUAUGCUGAAAAUACCCUUUUUCUGAAUCUUUAUUCAUAACGGAUAAUGAAGAUAUUUUUAGUAUUAUUGGGGGGGGGACACUGGAAGCUUGUUCCAGCCCGCAUACUAAAACUCUUUAGUCGCUCCUCAUAACAAAAAUGAAUAUAGGAGUUUAUGAUGUUGAACUGAGCAAUCAAGACUUAAGAAAAGAAGAAAUACUUGCUACUUAAUGAAACAAAAUUGUAAAUGUCUAACAAAUAGUGUUAAUUGAUCAAAAAAAAUUCUUUGAAUUAAAAAAAUUUAUUUUAUUUAUAUAUUUAAUCAGUAACAAAUGCCUAAAAUAAUGUUGAAUAAUGUUUUGAAAAUGUUUGUUUUAACUAGUAAAAUUCUUAGUAAAUAUGUAUUCAUUAAUUUAUAGAUAUUGCAUUAUAUGUAAUAUAUCGGUGACAAAUGCUACUGAUGACGAGGUAACUAAUGUUGGAGGGUAUGGUAUUGUAAUCCCCUUAUUAAUAGUGAUUGUUUGUAGAAGUCAAGUGUUUUGAUAAUUAUAUUACCCUUUUUGGUGAAGGAAAAUUUAUACUAUCCACUGCCAUUUUACAAUCAGUGUUUUCUGUUUGUUUCAUUGCUCAUUAAUUGAAAUUUUCAUAAAAGAAAAGCCUUUUGUUUUAUGUAGAGCUUUAUCUUUGAUAUAUUCUGAUUUUGAAUUUCUUUCUAGAUUACAAAAUUGAUUCAGAAUUUUCUGUUUUAUUUUGUUUGAAAUAGAUAGUCUGUAAAAUUAUACUGAUUACAAAAAUAUUGUAGUUUUUGAAAACAAAUAUCAGAUUUUUUUAAAUUUCAUAAAAUUUUCAUGGAAGGCCAUAGAUUUAAAUUAAUUUUCUAUAUUGUUUCUUGCAUUUGUAUAUAUUGUUUGUCAUUCAUCAUAGCUCUUAGAAUUUUCUGAUGUGAAUUAGGGAAGAAGAAGAAAAAAAAAAAUUUGCUGCAGGAUUUGUUCAAUACUGUACAUAUAGUGAAAAAUCAGCUAGCCAAUGUUGUACAUACAGUCACAGAAAUUCUAAUAUACGCUUGUAAAAAUCUGUUGUUUAUAAUGUAUCAAUCCUUCAUGAAUUUUCUAGUGGCUGGUAAUUGUUAUGUGAUAAAAAAAAUUGUGUACUAAACUUAUAGUGUUGUAUAAUGUGUUACAAAAAAUGAAAUAAUAAUUACAUAAAUCAAAUGUUACUUAUCUAUCUUGAUAACUGUUUGUAAUUUAACAGUUAAUAUUACCUAUUAAUAUCUGGUUUUGAAUGCAUUAUGAAAAGUAUUAUUUUUCACUCAACAGUAUACAUUUCAUUUAUUAUCAACAGUAUAUAUAUUCAUUUCAUUGUAUGGGGUUAUCCCUUAUAAUAUUUUCUAAUGGAAAUAAAAAAAAGUCUUCAGAAAUUUAUUUCUUGGUUGUUUAGCACAGAUCCUUUCAAUCUGGUUGACAUUUGCUUUCUUUUGAAGGAACAAGUAUUGUAGCUACAUUAAAACCCCAAAGAAAUCAGGUGUAUAUUCCCUACCCAAAUCAUAUUGCCAGAGUCAGGAGGAAAAUAAAAUUUUUUAGUAAUGAAGCUGGGAAUUAAAAAUUAUGAUUGGUAAAAUGGCUCUAUUUUUUUUUUUUAAAUUUCAUUUCGUGUGUGUGUGAGAGAGAGAGACAAGGAGGGAAGGGAGAAUAUUAUAUAUUAAGGAGUAGAAUAAUUUAUUCUGGGAUCUAUAGCUCAAAUUUCUCACUAAACAUCCUCCCUCCCACAUACACACAUAUGUAAACUGUUAAGAUAAUUCUAUUUCAUUUGAAAAGAACUGUCCAUCUGAUCUCCUCUUCUGAAAUGAUUUAAGUAGUGCUGAAUUAUUUCUUACUGAAACUACAAAGUUAGUACAUUAAAAAGUUAAAAUAUUUAGUAAUACACUGGAAAUCCUGAAUGGGGAAAAUAGCAUAUACUGUAGUUGAUUGUCAAAUUGGCUGUCUAUGUAUUAAAUUGUUUCAAUUGUAAAAUUUGGCACAUGUGAUAUGAACAAUCAGUUUAUUUAUUCAAAUAUUGAUAAUCAGUUUUAUUCAAAUAUUGAUAUAUAAAUAUUGAUUUAUAUGAUGGAAAUAUUUUAAUGUGAUUGAAUAGGUGUUAUUAGUAUAAUAGUUGUAGUGAGGUUUCUAAGAUAAAAGUGUUUAGCUGUGCGUCAUUGUUGCAUUUUAUGAUAGUUUCUGAAGGAAUUUUUAUAUUUGAUUUAAUUGAAAUCUCCCUGGUAAAAUUUCAAUUUAAAAAAAAAAUACAAACAGGUUAGUAAAUUGUUUACAGCUUUAUGUUAUGGUAUUGAAUACAUAAUUGAAUUGAAUAGAAUUGAAUUAUAAUAUGUGCUUAAGUUUAGUAUAGAUUACAUAUUUCACAAAUUUAAACAUCCAUGUCAUUUAUGCCAGUAUAAUGACCCUUCAAAAUUAUUAACAUUAGAUAAAGCAGUUCUUGAAAACUGAAAAUUAUUAAGAAAAUAACUUCUCAAGAUAUUAAAAUUUUGUAACAAUUAAUAGGAAAAGAUGAGAAAUUGUGACAUUUUGCUGAAUAUUAAAUAAACUAUAUCAAAUUUUUAAAUAUGUCUGCAGUUACUAAUUAUAAAAUCAGUAUGAAUUGUCAUUGCAAGCUUGUUUUAAAAUUAAUAUAAUUGCAUGUAAAUAAAAAAAAUUAGAAGAGAAAAAUUAUAUUUCCAUUUAUUUCUCUUUAUAAUUUUAAUUAAAAUUAAGAUGUAUGAUUAUGUAACUAGUUUGUUUUAAAUGAAUGAAUGAAGCAGCAAAUAACGAUUGGGAGUGUUUUCUCCUAGACUUUCUCAUAUAUAAAAUGAUGCUGUUUGUCUUAUAUUAUGUAAUAAAUUAAAGAAAAGGCGUAUUUAUUUUGUGCUUAUUCUCUUUUAUCGAUUAUGUCCAAAAUUUGGUACAGAUGUACAGUUUUGGUAUCAAGACUAUUCAACAAGUUUCAUUUAUGUAGCUCGUUCCGAUUUUGAUAUCAUGUUUCACAUACAGUGUAUUUUACUUAAUUCGGCAAAGUCUGAAAUUCUUCAAGAUUUUGAGGUUGAAUCUUUCGACGAUUGCAGUGCUUUUCUCUUUGUAUCCAAGAAAGUGGAAAUCGAGGAAAAUGCAUAAAUAGGCGACUUUUAAGUAGUUUACUAAGAAUUCGGGUAACAUACAUGUAUAAUUGCAUCAUUUGUUACUUUCUUUGCAUCUGCUUUGUUAAAAAUUGAUGCACCGUCAGGAAUAUAAAAAUUUAGUUAAUACUUGUUUUGAGAAAACGUUACUUAUCUUUAUUCAUAUUCAUAAUUUAUAAUAGGAAGAAAGAAAACUUACGUUUUAUUAGCCCUAAGAAAAGGAGAAUAUUCACAGUACAGAAAUUUAAAUAUUUCCAGAGAAAACAAGCAGUUUGCUUUUGCUUAUAUUUAUGUACAUUACACUUAUAUAAAUAAAUAUAGUAGAAAUUCAGUUACAAUUCUACUGUGUUACAGAAAGCUAGUUAAAAAUUUUAAAGUGCAAUUUAAUUGCUUAAAUUUUCAAAUUAUGUAUGUUUAUUUGAAAUAAAAUUUUUAUUAAAAUUAGGUACUUCAGGAUCAUUUAUUCCGAAAAAAUUUUGAGUCUUGACUGCCCAGCCUAAUAUUAAAAAAUUAUCCGUGUUUUGAUUUGAUAAUGAAGUCAUUUACAUUUGUUUUUAUCAAGCUGUUUGAAGAUUUUUUUUUAUUGAGUAUUAUGAAGAAAUUAAGCCAAAAUUUUACAAUUUCUGCAUAAAUUGUUUUUAUAUUAUUCUUCUUGGAAUUUCAUUAGAAUAUCUGUUUUAUCGAAUACAUAGGCAUUAAUAUAAUAAUUAUUUAUAGAAUCUUAUUCAUAUUGGAUAAGUUUAAGCAUUUUUUAGAUAUCUCUGGAUGCCACAAAUAUAUUUUAUCUUUCUUACUGGUGGAUUUUAUUGCUUUUUAUUUCCCUUGAGGUUUUAAAAAGGAAUCGUCGUGUGAAACAGUAUUUUCGUUAAGAUAAUUGAAGAAUCAUAAAUUCUGAGCUGCAUGAAAAUUAUUUUUGUAUUGAUUGAAGAUACUGAUGAUGAUUGUAGCAUUAAAUUUUAAAAAGUGUAAAAUAUGUGUGGAAAUUUUGAAUCAACUUUCGCGAAUUGGGAAACAUGGAUUUUCUAACUAAAUUCUAUUCCAAAUGUAGCAAAUAUUUUUGACAGAUUCGGAUAUAAGCAUUGUCUACUACGAUUUAAGAUUGCCUAGUAUCCACGUUUAUAAAUAAUUAUUGUUAAAUUUAAUUAUUUAAAAAUAUCUUAAUAGCUAAGUAAAUGUAAUGAAACAUAAAAAUCUACCCUAUAAUACCAAAUGAAAUGUUGUUAAUAGAAUUUCUAUUUUUUUAAAAAAAACUUAUUUGUUUAGUAACUACGAAAAUAAAUUCUUUAGUUGUCCUAUUUGUGUGAUAUAUAAUAUAAAAUAUAAGCUCUACUUAGAUUGUAUAUAUCCUCUACUGUCUCCAUGACUUUGGCUAGGCUACAUGAACCAAUUCGAAAUUCUUGUUUUUAUCAUUUUUCCGUUUAUGAAAAUAUUUUGGUAAAUAAAUAAAGAGUUGAAUAUUAUAUUUUAAAUUUUAGAGGUAAUAAAAAAUUGCAUAUUUCUAUUAUUCAGAUUUGUUUUAAUUUUAUAUUAAUGUGUACAUGUUAAUUUAACACUUUAAUAGUUUACAUUUUGUCCUACACAUUCAUCUAUUAUCCAUUUGGUAUUUUAGUCCCACAUAUUCAUCUUCAACUGCAUUAUAGAAUUAGUUUCAACAAUAAUAUGUAUAUUUUUAUUUAGUAAUGUUAAUGUCUGAUUAAAGUUGAAUCACAAUCAAGAAUUAAAUUUCGAAGAUGUUUUUUUUUUUUUUUUUUUUCCCUUGCCUAUUAAUUCUUAUUAAUAUACUGUUGAGUGGAUCACAUUUUUGAAUUUUAAUGUCUAAAUUUUGUCACCCCUCCUUCAAUGUUGCUUAGUUAACAAAUAGUAUUCUUGUACUCAGAGCACUGCCAUAUGCCCGUUUCAGGUUUCUAUAUCACUGCCAACAACUUUUUAUUUUAACAUUUCUGGUUAUUUGUCUCUGUUAUUUUAUAUCAUAAUGUAUUGUUUUACAAUGUUGGUGGGAAAUUUGUUGUGGAAUUAUUGUAAUAAAAUCACUGCCGUCUUCA